CACCACCAAAGCCCUACAAAGCUUUCUCUCCCAUUUUGAGUGGCGAUCCGAUUCUCACUCUCUCCCCUUCUCUCUCAUUUCAAUAUUUUUUGUUUCUCAAGAAAAUUUCGAUAGAAAAUCCAACGAAAAAAAAAGAGGAUUAGGAAUAAUCAUCAUCAUCAAUCAAAUCAGUAUCGCUUCAUCAGCACGAGAUCCACCUCUUUCCUUUCCUCUCACUCCUCACUAAUCAAUGCCGUGAUUUUCCCGAAUCGUUUAUCGACGCAAUGGAGAAGAAGAAGUAUCCGAUAGGGCCAGAGCACUACACUAUCUACGAGGUCAUCGGCCAAGGCUGCAGUGCUCUAGUGCAUCGCGCCUUAUGCAUCCCUUUCGACGAAGUCGUUGCAAUUAAGAUUCUCGAUUUCGAACGAGAUAACUGCGACCUGAACAAUAUAUCGCGUGAAGCGCAGACGAUGAUGCUAGUUGAUCAUCCCAAUGUGUUGAAAUCGCAUUGCUCUUUCGUUAGUGAUCACAACCUCUGGGUUGUUAUGCCUUACAUGUCUGGUGGCUCUUGCCUCCACAUUCUCAAAGCUGCUUAUCCUGAUGGCUUUGAGGAAGUUAUUAUCGCCACUAUGCUCCGUGAGGCCUUGAAAGGCUUAGACUAUCUCCAUCAGCACGGUCACAUUCAUCGUGAUGUCAAAGCGGGGAAUAUUCUGCUUGGUGCUCGUGGCGCAAUUAAGCUGGGAGACUUUGGUGUAUCUGCUUGUCUCUUUGAUUCAGGUGAUAGGCAACGGACGAGGAACACAUUUGUUGGAACGCCUUGCUGGAUGGCACCUGAAGUCAUGGAGCAGUUACAUGGUUAUGACUUCAAGGCGGAUAUUUGGUCCUUUGGAAUUACUGGGCUAGAGCUUGCACAUGGACACGCUCCUUUCUCUAAGUAUCCACCAAUGAAGGUUCUGCUUAUGACCUUGCAAAAUGCUCCACCAGGGCUGGAUUACGAAAGAGAUAGGAAGUUUUCAAGGUCUUUCAAGCAAAUGAUUGCAAGUUGCCUAGUCAAAGACCCUUCCAAACGCCCAUCUGCCAAAAAAUUGUUAAAGCAUUCCUUUUUCAAGCAAGCAAGGUCAAGCGACUACAUUGCUCGGAAACUUCUGGAUGGGUUACCAGAUCUUGUUAAUCGUGUUCAGGCAAUAAAGAAAAAGGAAGAAGAUAUGCUUGCACAAGAGAAAAUGGCAGAUGGAGAGAAGGAGGAACUCUCCCAGAAUGAAUAUAAGAGAGGUAUCAGUGGGUGGAACUUCAAUCUCGAUGACAUGAAAGCCCAAGCUUCAUUGAUCCAGGACAUAGAUUGCGGCUUGUCGGAGAGCAGUUUAUCUGAAAGUACAACUUCGUUGCAGGCUCUAGAUUCACAUGAUAUGCAACCGGAGACUCAGGAGGAUAUUGGUCAACUGGCAAAUAAGCAUCUCCAACCCCUGAUUCACCGAACUCUAAGUAUCGCAAGGGAUAAAUCUGAUGAUGAUUCAAGUCUUGCCAGCCCCAGUUAUGAUAACUAUGUAUAUUCCUCUCCGCGUCAUGAGGAUCUAUCUCUGAAUAAUACAACUGUUGCAAGUACGCAUGCAAGCAAUGGGAAACCAAUGGACUCCACAUCUAUCGCAACCAAUCAGCCAACAGAGAUUCCAGCAGGCAAUUGUGUCAAUAAGGGAGACAGUGACAAAAUUCAAGACCAGCUUCAAAAUGGGGCACAUCCUACAGUGGGAGGAGAUGAAGUGCUAACAGAGAUGGCUGUUAAACCACCCAAAGCAGCAGCGAGCCUAGAUGAAUCUGACGACAAAUCAAAGCCGCCAGUUGUGCAGCAAAGAGGACGUUUUAAAGUAACAUCUGAAAAUCUCGACAUCGACAAGGUAGUAGGUCCAUCUCCAAUCCUGCAAAAGAGUCACAGCAUGCAGGUGCUCAGCCAACAUUCUGCUGCUUCUCUACCUCCCUCUGUUUCAGGAGCUGAUGUCGCUUUACCAAAUCUAACCAGCUCAUACGUUUACCCGCUGGUGUAUCCAGUUCUACAAACCAAUAUAUUGGAAAGGAGAGCUGACAGACGGACGUUCAGGUGAACCAGGGGGCUUACACCAACCUAGUAGUGUAGCUCCUACUGAGAAAUCAAUGCUUGAAGCAGC